CCGCUUGAGUUUCAUGACGCUAGCUCGAAGCCGAAAGAAACGAGAGAAAUAUCUUCGUCGCGCGCGAUUGGUGGUGAAUACGGAAUAAUUUCGAUUAGGUUACGAAUACUUAUCAAAAGCCGAUUACACUUCACUUCUUACGUAAUAGUAAAUAGUAGUAGUACUUUUUUUUUUUGCCACCAACGGAUUAUAGUAUUUAUUUUUUUUUGCUGUGAGUGCGUGUGAAGAGAGAAAUUUGAAUAAGAUAAAACAAAAGAAAAACUGUUGUGGAAAAUACGCGAACUGCUACCUGUUGAUCGCAAGAUCUUUUUGGUGUGACUUGCCAAAGGUCAAAGGCUGAUAAAAAAAAAACCACAAAUUCUGCCGUGCCCGGUGCACGUGCAUUUAAUAAAUCAAAUAGUUUGUUAAAUAUAUAUAUAUAUAUAUGUAUAUAUAUAUAAAAGUAAACAUGAAAGCGUUAUACUGCACACUAUCAUCUUUCUCACUGAGAAGAAAGUUUCUGAUCUUGGUAUUAAUACAAUAUGUGAUAAUUACCAAUGGAUUUAAUUUGGAACAUCGAUUGCCGAUCGUUAAAUAUGGUCAUUUGCAUUCGCACUUUGGCUAUUCGGUGGCCACCCACACAAUUGGCGAGGCCAAAGAUCCCAAUAAAACAAAUUGUGUUUUAGUGGGAGCUCCAUUGGAUCAUAAUCUACAGCCGAACACUUCACACUCUGGCGCCCUCUGGCGUUGUCCCAUGACACAAAGUUCCGAUGACUGCCAACAAGUGAUCACUGACGGCAGGCGAUCGAACGGAUCAUAUGACAGUGAUAAGUCUUUCGAUAGCGAAAUCCUAUCACAGCCCGGCAAUGACGAGAUCAAGGAAGAUCAAUGGAUGGGCGUUACGGUGCGAUCGAGUCCUCUGCAGGCCAACGGAUCCGGGGGAAAGGUUAUCGUCUGCGCCCAUCGCUAUAUGUACAUCGUUCGGGAGAAUCGUUAUGGCCAGGGUCUUUGCUAUCUUCUUACGAAUGAUCUGGAAUUCGAGGAGGUCCAUGAACCCUGCAAAGGCCGACCAGUGCAGAGACAACAUGAAGACUAUGGACUUUGUCAGGCGGGGACAUCGGCCGCUCUGUUGGACGAUGACACCAUGGUGUUGGGCUCCCCUGGUCCAUAUACUUGGCGUGGAUCCAUAUGGGUGACCCAGGUGGGCGGAGAGUAUUUGCAGCGUGACAAGACAACCUAUUACAGUGAUCACUCGGACUCGAGUUCGCCGGUGGAUAAGUACAGUUAUCUGGGCAUGUCGGUGACCGGUGGCAAAUACUUUGGAGAAAUGUCAUACGCGGCUGGAGCACCACGUUCCCAAGGCCAUGGGCAGGUUGUAAUCUUUGACAAGUCCAAUAAUAAUCCGAUACCGGUUCACUCGAUCCUGGAUGGUGAGCAAUUUGGUUCAAGCUUUGGCUACGAACUAGCCACCGCCGAUGUGAAUGGUGACCGUCGACCGGAUUUGAUAGUGUCAGCUCCAUUGUACUUCACCAAGACGGAGGGUGGAGCCGUGUAUGUUUACCAGAACUUCAAUGAUACGUUGCCCCUGAAGUAUACGCUGAAGUUGACGGGAGCCCUGGAGAGUCGUUUUGGCUUGGCCCUGGCCAAUAUCGGAGAUUUGAACAAGGAUAACUACGAGGAUCUGGCAGUGGGAGCACCUUACGAGGGUAACGGUGUUGUCUACAUCUAUUUGGGUUCGGAACAGGGACUGAAUGCCAAGCCAGCACAGAAGAUACAGGCUUCGGAAUUGGGUGGGGCCACCAUACCCAAUGGUCAGCCGAUAAGUACCUUUGGCAUCUCGAUAUCGGGCAAUACCGAUUUGGAUGACAACUCCUAUCCGGAUGUGGUAAUUGGAGCGUUUAACUCAUCAGCAGCAGUGAUCCUGCUGGCCAGACCCAUCAUCAGCAUCCAGACGAACGUAUCGCGCGAGGAGCUGCGCAACAUGGAUCCCAAUAAGCCAGGCUGUCUGGCAGAUCCAACCAGUAAUCUUACAUGUUUUACCUUUAAAGCCUGCUGCAGCAUCGAUCCAUACGAUGAGAAGAGCAAGAGGCUGCAGUUGGCCUAUAGCGUUGAGGCGGAAACCUUUGAUCAUCUAAAGAAAUUCUCACGGGUCUAUUUCUCGGAUCCCGAAAAUAAACGCAACAAUGUCUUCAGUAAAGUGGUAACAGUCGAAACGAAUGGAAUAAUGGCCUGUCAAGCUGUUACGGGUUAUAUCAAGGCUAAUACCCGGGAUAUCCAGACUCCGGUGCGUUUUAGAUUGAAGUACUCGCUAGUGGAACCGCCACUGGCCAAGUCCGCUUUGACACGUCUCAAUCCGAUAUUGGACCAGACUCAGGCGCAUAUCGACUUCGAGGGCACCUUCCAGAAGGACUGCGGCGAUGACGAUCUCUGUGAGAGCAAUCUGGUCAUCCGAGCUGAACCAAACAUAACACAGUCCUCAGACAACGCUUAUACCCUAAUCCUAGAUGAGACCGAACUGGAGGUUCGAAUUAAUGUAAGCAAUCUGGCAGAUUCUGCUUACGAAACUCAACUCUUCAUUGCCCAUCAAGCGGGAGUGUCUUAUGUGGCCACCAAGAAGCCGACCAAUGCCACUUGCAACAGUUACAACACCACUUUGGUGGCCUGCAGUCUGGGUAAUCCUAUGCUGCGUGGCACCACAACAUUCGUGACCAUACGUUUCCAGCCCAAAGGAUUGGAGCCAAGCGAGAAGUCCAUGCUAUUCCAUAUCUUUGCAAAUACCACAUCAAAAUUGGUCGGGAGGGAACGUCCCGAAAGAGAUCUUCUGAUUCAGGUGGUGCGUCGGGCAAAGUUGAAUUUCCGUGGUUGGGCCAUACCCGAGCAGAGUUUCUAUAGUGGAUCGAGUGUGCCCACCCAGGCUAGCAGUACCACCUCCGUAUCCGAUGCCGAGAUACAGGGUCCAAUGGGAAUGGACGAUGUGGGUUCCCAGGUUCAUCACAUGUUCACCAUCUUCAACGAGGGACCAUCGACGGCACCAAAGGUCCAAAUGGUAAUUUACUGGCCAUACUCACUGUACAGUGAUCCUCAGAGCGGUCGACCAGUUCAAUAUCUGCUCUACCUGGAGCAAAUACCAACUGUGGAGGUUAGCCAGGGUGAAUGUCAUGUGGCCAAGGAAUAUGUCAAUCCACUAAACUUGGCCAGUGGUUCGAGGGAAAAUCCAGCAUAUUUGAAUGCUCCGGCACAGCUGAGGAUGUUCCCCUCGCAAUCUCGUCAUUCGUUCAACAAGAGUUUGAUCCACUCGCAGAGGACAUAUUAUUCCAGUAGCAAUCGGGAGGAUCAUUCGGAUAAUUCUCAAGCAUCCCGGAAUCGAGUACGUCGCAGUUUCCUAGAACGAGUCACCCGGCUGGAGAGAUUAAUGUACGAUUCGGAGAGUAGCAGUAAUGCGGGAUCCAAUGGUAAGAAGCAGGAUAUCGUGGAACUGGACUGCAACAAGGGCACCACGAAUUGUGUUCGCAUAGAGUGCGAAAUCUUGAAUAUGCCCGCCCUAUCCGAGGCCCAAGUGGUGGUCAAGGCCCGCCUAUGGAACUCCACGCUGGUAAGUGAAUAUCCCCGUGUGGAACGGGUAAGAAUCUUCUCAACGGCUACGGCACAAAUACCCGAGGACUAUGGCGUCGAGGUGAUGGAUCACAACAACAUAGAGGUGGAGACGCGAGCCUAUCCGGAGUUAAGGAACCAACAGCGAGACACAUCGAUACCCUGGCUGAUCAUCAUCCUGGGCAUCGUGGGUGGAUUGCUGCUUUUGGCGUUAUUCACCUAUGGGCUAUGGAAAUGCGGUUUCUUUAAGCGCAUACGACCCACCGAUCCGACGCUCAGCGGCAAUCUGGAGAAGAUGAACGAGGAGAAGCCCUUCCUAGCGCCGGCAAAGAACUCGCUUCACGUUUUCUAACAAGAGGGCACUGUCGGCUGGGACUUGGUGCGCCGUCGGAGGCGUCGACGCCGUCUAAAGCUGCUACUUCCGGUUCCGGCACAGCCACGACAUGGCUGGCGCAAAACUAAGGAAAAGUCAAAAACCAAUAAUUAUAAUAACAACAACAAUGACAGCGAUGUGGAUGUGCUUUCUCUGACGCCGCCACCGCCACCGCUCAGCAUCCUCAGCUGGGGAAAUGAUGGCUACUAUCAGGCGAGUGCCGCCUGGUGGGGUCACCACAUGUGAUCGAAUGGGUCACAGCGAUUCAUUUGGGUCACAGUGGGUCAAGUGGAUCAUGUGGGUUGUGGUUCAAUGUGCCAUUUCGUUUACUUAAUACAGCAGGCUAAGUUCAGUUCCAUGGAUUUGACUAGAUGGAAUGGAUAGUUGAGCUUCCUUUACUGACAUCAGCUAAAUCUAUUGCUUAGCCAACCAUUUAAAAUGCUAAUUUAACAGUUAGGAUAUGUAGUUUUGCAAAUUCUAGAGAUUCGAGAUAGAUCGGUCAAAAAUUAAUUUUAUUCCCAAUUUUAUUUUACAAAAUAAGACGAUUUAAUUGGUUUCUAAAUCGAAUAAUAUAGUUUCGAAAUAAGUUAUAUUUUAAAGUUCCAUGUCCAAAACCUAUCUAAUGGUGCUCUUAAAACCUCUGAAAAAAUAAGCACACUAGUUCAACCAAAUGAAAAUAUAAUUAUUUAAGAUUUAAUAUUUAAAGCUAUAGCGAUAUAUUUAGCUGAUGUUAGUAGUGAGCUUUAGUCUAAAGAUUAGCUAAGCACCCAAACGUUGAUAAUCUGUGUAAAAAUGUUCAUUGUCAUAUAGAUAGAAUUAAGCCUUAAUUAGGCUAAGUUGAGAAGAUAACGAUGCAAAAAUUCCGAAUAUAGCUUACAAAAGAAGUACACUGCCAAUAACAACAAAUCAAAAGUGCCUCGAAAUCGAACCGUAAUUCCAAUCUUACUGGACACGUCUUAAACAAAAGAAAAAUAACGAAAGUAUUAGCACAAAACUUAAUGCAUAGCUAUAUAUAAAUAACCAACUGAGUAAUUGAAUUUAAUACGCCUUCAAAACUAUGUUUAUUUUGUUUAAUUUCCGCAUUUUUUUGGUCAACUUAAUUAAGAUGUAGUUUUUUGAAAUUAGUUUGUGUAUGUAUUUAAGUGAAUGGUCGAGAUGUAGUUAAAUUAGUUGUAAAUACAAAUUCAAUAAUACUAGCUGUAAAUAGUAAUUAUGUUUCUUUAUCUAUUUAAUAUACGAUUCCUUUUUUUUUAAAGAAA